GAAGUCCACCGAUACGAAAUACUCUAAAUAUGGGCAAAAGUAAGAGUAAUAAAAGUAAGACGGAAGAUACGCUUGUACUAUUCAAGAAGUCAAACACCACUCUAUUUACUCAUUCCAGGACAUGCUCAGGUGUGUCACAUCUUUAUACCAAUAGUGCUAUUCUACAAAUCAAGAAAAAUUUAUCGCAAGCUAAAGAAUAUUAUGUAUACGAUGACAAAGUUAAAAGAGAUUUCAGUUUGGAAACUGAUAUUUGUGUUUUAAGACGGUAUUAUAGAAGUAAAAGGAGUAAAUUAAGUCGAAAAUCAUCGUCAAGAUUGAAAUAUUCAACAAUUGCAGGCACAGAGAUAAGAACAAUUGAAGAAUUUGAGCCAAAUGCCAGUGCAUGUGGUGAUAAUAGCAGUAAAACUUCUAUUGUAAUGGAACCUAAUUUAACUAAUAUAGAUAUUACUUCCCUUAUGAUAGAGAACCUUAAAGUACUUCUAAAUAAUUGGAUCAAGACACAUGUAUUGGAAAAUAAAGAAUUAAAACAAAAAUUUGACGCUAUUCUCGACUCUAUACUGGUCAGACUUGAAACAAGGAAACCCGAGAGACUUUCAUCUUGUACAACUUAUGUUAUGGAUAAAGACAAUAAUAAACACAGAGGUAAAAGAGGUACUAAAAGAAGUACAGCUGUAACUUGCCAAUAUUGUAAACAGAAGCUAAGACCCUCAGUAACCAGUGGUUUAUCUCAGGAGAAAACUCAAAGAAAAGACUCCUAUUACACAGUACCUUUUCCUUACAAACACAUAAAAAUAAUUUCGACUUUAAGUAUACCUAGAAAUUUUCAUAUGCAGACUACUGAUUCUAAUGUGUCAAUGAAGAGAAAACAAAAGGUAAAAAAAUAUAACAUCAUUAAUACAUCUAAAAAUAAAAUACACAGAUUAUUUGUUACUACGUCUACUUUUAAUCUAUUAACAGUAUCUUCAAAUUCAGAUAUUAAAUUUUGUGUACCUAAUAAAGAAAAUAAUGAAAGUGAAGAUAACAAAAAAGAACAAAUCAUAUUUUUUCCAAAACCAGUUAAUAAUAGUGAUAAAACUAAAUCAACUACAUCGUUUUGCAUAAAUAAUAUUUUGAAUAAAAAUCAAGUACAUAAAGACGGAUACUUAAAUGUAACUCCGAGCCUUGUUAAAAGCAUUUAUGCCGCUGAUCCUGCAAAUAUAGCCAGUAGCAGUAAAUAUAAAAAGAAUAGUGACAAUUUUACUAUGACUGAUGAAAAUAUGUCAUACGAAGUAGCACAAACUAUAUUAAAUAAUUGUAAUUCAAAAGUACAGUUUCAUAAAGCAGAAAUUUCAGGUGCUAAACGAAGUAUUAACAUAUUAAAAAUUAUAGAUGAAAAAGAUCAAAGCGAUCCCAUGGUAGCUAUUGAUUUCAUAAAUCAAAACGUAGAGUUACCUACAAACGACGUAUCUAAAUGUUAUAACAAGGAAACAAUUAAGGAUAGCCAAAGUACAAAAAAUAUUCAGCUGUUGAAAAGAAAACUAAAACGUCAAAAACGAAAAAAAUUACGAUGUAAAUAUUAUUUUAGUCGAUAUACUCAUUUUAAAAAAGGUAAUAAUUAUUUGUUGGAAAAAAGAAAUAUCUUAGGACAUUUAGACAAUAUUUUAAACUAUUUUUCCACGUAUAGUGAUCAUAAAGAUAUAAAACUUGAGAUACAUAUGAAUAUUUUACCUACGCAUAAAAAGGAACCUAAAAUUAAUGUUAAUAACAAAAAUAAUCAAAACAAAACAUGUGCACUCAAAGUCUCCCAUAAUAAAUUUACCACAUUUGAGACUUCUUUGGAAACACAUAAAUCAAAUAAAGAAAAUACUUAUAUAUUUUCUGAACAUCAUCCGAAUAUUAUUCCUCUUCUUGAUGGAUCUAUGAGUCAAAAUAAGUAUAUAUUUCAUAGUGAGAAAGCAAUGGCUGAAGCAAAAGAUGUAUUUAAAAAUGUUUGUAAUUUUACAGACCGUAGUACGACGACUAAUGAAUUUGCAAUAUCUCAGGAAAUACGUGAACUUAGGGAAGUUGUAAAAGAGUUAGUAGUUACUGCUGAAAAAUUAGUUAAAGACUAUUUAAAGAAACAAAAUAUACCAAAAGUAGCCUUGAUGUCAAAUAACACAACAAUUAAUAAAGCAAGACAAGAUAAUAAUAAUAUAUCAUCAAAUCAGCAAAUACAAUCUAAAGGAAUCCAAAUUUCAAAUAUCAUUGGAAAAUCACAGCUUUCUGGCUUAAAACUAACAAAGAGCCCUAAGAAACCAGAAGUUUUCUUAAAUGAAUUAGCAAAACGGAGUACUUCAUAUCAUAUUAUAGAGAGUGAAUCAAUAUUAAAAGUGACUGAUAUGACUUCUGCUGCCAUAGAUAAAGCAAAAGAAAAUAAAACCUUACAAUGUUCGAUUAGAAGAUCUAAAUCUCUUUUUGAUAUGACCAAUUCGAUGCGUAAAACACGAUUACAUACCUUUUUCUUCAGCGGGAACUUUAAAAAGAAUAAGAGUAAAUAUCAAAACUUUUAUCAACAACAACUAACAUGUUCAAAAGAAAAAUGUCUUCAGAAUAAAACUUCAGGACAGUCAGGCAAACUUAAAUGUAACAGUUCUCCAUGUUUUCCUGAACCUCCACACGAAUAUAAUUCCAAAGUUAUUAUUCCUAUAGAAUACGAUGAUCGCGAUCCUGGUUGUUCGCCAGAGUUUCUAAAUAUCGACAAACCCAAAUUUUCUGUUCGAAACCGAAAAGGUAUAAAUUUCUGCAAAGGUUUAUUAUACUGCAUUUUGCUGUGGGUGCCAGUUAUUAUAAUUGCUUACUUAUUUUACUCAUAUGUAAUACAAGAUCUGAUAAAACCUACUACUUCACCAUCAAAACAGAUAAAUAAAACAACUAACACGUUAAUUCCAAUUAAAAAUUCCUCUAGAUUAUAUUUGAAAGUGUCCGAUUUAGGUUUUUGA